CACCAAAAACACUAAAGAAACAGAUCAUACGGUCGGUGUCUUCUUCAGUUUAAAACAGCAAAGAGUUUUGUGCUUGGAACUCAGAUUAGAUUACUCUCAACACAAAGGAUAUUUUCUGAGUAGAAACCAGAAGCAAUUCUAGGUGGGGAUAUCAAUGGCGUCUUGUGAAUCAUCAAGCCCCAAUAUUUAUCAGAUGUUGAGUCACAUUAUCGACAUCAAUAAGGAACCAGAAGUUCUGAACACAUCCAAGUGUAACAUCUACAGAGUCCCAUGUAGUCUUCGGAACGUGAACGUGGAAGCCUACACUCCUCAGUUGAUUUCCAUAGGACCUCUUCACUAUGGCCAUGAAAAUCUGAAUCCAAUGCAACACCAGAAACUACGAUACUUUGGUUACUUCUGGGAUCGCUUCAAAAAUGAGGAAGCCAUGAAAGUCUACAAAGAGUACCUUGAAGCUGAAGAACAAGCUAUACGCCAUUGUUAUGCAGACAGGUUUCAGUUAAUCAGUAAGGAUGAGUUCGUGGAAAUCAUUCUUUUGGAUUCUGUUUUCAUCAUGGAGCUUUUUCUGAUAAUGAACAAUCCAGAACUACGACGACAUCACAAAGAUGAUAUUCUAUUGAAACAAACAUGGCUGAACAAGAGUGUUCAGAGGGACUUGUUGCUGCUUGAAAAUCAGAUUCCAUUGUUCAUCUUGGAUAAGCUGUAUACAACUGUGGUUCCAGACUCUGAAAGGCGUGGCAAGUUUAUUGAACUUGCCUAUGAUUACUUCAGGUGUUUUCAUCCUUAUCAAAAAAGCAAAUCGUAUCACGAUGAAGCUGAGAAAUCAAGUGGGGAUUACAAACUUCCAAAGCCAAAACGGGGCAAAGAUUCUUCAGUUCCGUCGUCUCAGAAGGAGUCUUCGUACAGGUUUGCCUUAGAAGAGAAAAAGUGGAAAAUUACUGAACCAAUGCACUUUACUGAUAUGAUUAGGUACUUCUACCUCUAUGAGAAUCUGACUCUCCGCCAAAAAGGAUCAUCUUGUUGUGUUCUUAGGACUGCAACAAAGUUGCGGGAAGCAGGAGUGAGCUUCGAGAAAACGUUUGACAAAAACUUGCUUGACAUAAAGUUCAAGAAAAAUCCAAUCUUGAGCAAGUUUCUGUGCUUGGGUUGUAUAUCAAAAUUCAUAUGCUUCAAAGCCCGUUUACAAAUCCCACAGUUAAAAAUAGACAACACAACAGAAUGUGUUAUCAGAAACCUCAUAGCCCUUGAGCAAUGUCACUAUGCAGAUCAUCCUUACAUCUGCAACUAUGUCUCUUUCAUUGACUCUCUCAUUCACACCAAAGAAGAUGUUGAAUUGCUGGUUGAGAAGGAAGUUAUUGUCCAUGACCUUGGGAGCGACAAGGAAGUAGCAACUUUGGUGAAUAGUCUCUGCAAACAUGUUGUGACAGAUAAGACAUGUUAUAAAGACCUUAUAAAUGAUCUGGAUAGACAUUACCAGAAGGUUUGGAAUCAUACAAUGGCUUCACUGAGGUUGGUGUACUUUCGAGAUCCUUGGAGAGCAAGUUCAACUGUGGUUGGAAUUGUUGUCCUCGUAUUCGCAAUUUUCAACUUUUGUCGAGUUUAUAAUUCUGUAAUUUUACAUCACGGGUCUCCGCCAUUUUGGUUUUGAAUUGGAUUUUUUUUUUUUUGUAAUGGUUGUCCUAUGAUAUAGCAUUGUUAAUUCAUUAGUUGGUUAUUUACUCGUUAAAAUUGAACGGUGAAAUGUAUCGAAGACGUGAUGUAGAUUCAUAAUUACUAAAGUUAUUUAUCAAUAUAUAUGCGCGCUUUUGUGUGCGUAUAAACAAAGCAU